GCGUUCCAAAUUAGUCUUGUACAAAAGGUUGUUUGUUUUGAUCUUUCUUUAUCACUAAAGAUACAAGCUUUGAGCAUCAUGCAUGAUUUUUCAUCAUUGUUAAAGCUUAAAGUUUGGUUCUUUACUCUCCCUUAUCUUUCUCCAUGAACAUGCAAGAUAUCAAUCAUUGUGAGAUCAAGUUGCGGAUUCAAAGUUUUGAUUUUGAUGCAUGUUCUUGUUUGUGACUUGUGAGAAUCGCAACAUGCUUCUAAAAUCUGAUUCACUCUCUCUGUGUUUUAUGAUUUAGUUCAGACGAAUCUUUGAAUGGCUGGUGGUACUUCCAUGGAUAUUCAAGAGCAUGGAGUUUGGGUAAAACAAGAAGAGAAGGCGUGUUCAAUGCAAACACUGUGGCAAAGAGAUGUCUGGCUUGCAACAUCUGAAAUGUCACUUGGGUGGUGUAGGUUCAGAUGUGAACAUUGUCACAUCUACUGUUAGAGAUGUUGCAAGCCAGACAUUUCCUUUCCCACAGUGUUCACAGUCCUCUUCAUGCUGCUGGUUACUUCCUGAAUCCGGCUACUUUCUUCUCAUUGAUUCAGAAGUAGCCGCUGGUCUUUGCUCCUCUCUGGAUUCAUGUAAUAAAAGAAAGUGACGUUCAAGUCAAAAUUGCCACUCAGCUUGACAUAUGCAGAGUUGGUGAAGACGAUUUUAAAGAGGUCAGUCAAGCUAAUCAGAUCAAUGGAAUCACUCCAGGUGUGUGAACCGAACCUCUUGAUUUUUCAUAUAUAGUUGUAGACACUAGUGUUGUUGAUAAUCAUUCAGUGAGCAAAUAGUUUUAAAAAAUCUCUCUUUGCAGCUGGUUCUGAGCCAGACAUGUGAAGGUGCUCACAGGUACUAAAUCAGUUUGAGUCUAACCAAGUUUUACAAGUACAUAUUAGCUGAAUCUCUCUCAUGAAAUUGCACAAGUAUAGACACAAGCAUAGAUAAGCCAAGCAUAUUCCAGAGAAAAAAGAAGGUAAAGAAGCUUCCAAGUUUUUAUUGUGAUUACUUACACAGAUUCUAUGUGUAACUACUGACCUUUUAUUUUUCUUUUUAGAAAAAAAGAAUGUUAACUCAGAAGAGAAGAAACUGGCUUUGUGUAUUAGCGAAGCUGAUGAGAGAAAGAAAGAGUGAGAGGCAUUGUGUUUCUCUUCUUCUAUGUGCAGGUACAAAGGGUGCUUCAGCUUACGAAUAGAGGAGCAUGCUAAGUACUUAUGUCUUCUUCUUCUCAGACACUAUUGUCAGAUUGUCAAAACAUGUCCAAAACGGAAGUAUCUUCUCUGUCUCAGCGCUCAUCAUCUGCAAACAACAUAGCUUCUGAAACUGAAGAAGACAAAUGUGAAUCCUCUCAGAAACGUCGUAGGGUUGAGAACAACAGUGAAUCUGAAGAUCCUCCUGAGAGAUAGCAAGCAGGUGGUUACACUCAAAAGUAGAUGUUUUGUAAUGUUGUAUCUUGAGGACGUUCCCUUUUAUUUGCUUGCUGAAUUCAAGUUGUUUUUUUAAGUCUACUUUAAUGACAAACAUUAUACACUACAGAUUGCAAUAUUAAAAUGUGAUUAGAAGCCUCACUUUUCCAAAAAAAAAAAAAAAUGAAGCCUCAUUGUUCCAUUUUGGGUUAAUUAGAAAGAAAGAGAGAGAGAGAGGUUACUAUAAAUAGGGACCUUCAUUAAUUACAAUUAUCUACAGAGACAGAACACUCUCUUCAAAACAAGGGUUUGGUUUGUUUCUCUUCCGGGUUCUGCUGUCUCCUGUUAUCUGACUCGACGCUUUGACUCAGUCUGAUUCACUCUCUGUGUGUUUCUUGAUUCACAGACGGAUCUUUUGAAAUGGAUAUUCGUGAGCAUGGAUGUUGGGUGAACAAGGAGAAGAAGUGGGUUAAAUGCAAACACUGUGGAGAAGAAAUGUCUGGCUUGCAACUUCUGAAAUGUCACUUGGGUGGUGUUGGUUCAGAUGCGACUCCAUGUGAACAAGCUGCAUCUACUGUUAGAGAGAUGUUUCGAGAUGUGGCUACCAAGGAGAAACAUAAUCUUAGAUCUGCUAAGAGUAGGAGUGUUGGGGAAGUCCAACUGGUUAAUGCUCAUAAGCGUGGGAGAAGCCAAGAUUCAUCCAGAGAAAGUGAUACUCCUUCAGCUGUGGAGUCCUUAGGCUUUAGAGAGAUGAUGAUAGCUGCAAGUGAUGGUACCAUCCCUGAUUCUAAUGAUUUAAAAGGACGGAUGUUUCAAGAAGCUUUGGGAGAAGUGGAAGAGUAUGUGAAGAAGAUCAAAGACUCAUGGGCCAUCACUGGUUGCAGCAUCUUGUUGGAAGCUUGGGUUGACAGUAAAGGCCGUGAUCUUGUUACUUUCAUUGCAGACUGUCCAGCGGGUCCUGUCUAUCUAACAUCUUUGGAUGUCUCUGACAUAAAACACGACAGCAAGGCCUUGAUAUCUUUGGUGGAUGGGCUUGUUGAUGAAGUGGGAGUGCAAAUCGUGGUUCAGAUUGUUGCAUGUUCAGCUUCUGGUUGGGUUGGUGAACUAGGCGAGUCUUAUGCUAGUAACAAGAAGGGAGUGUUCUGGUCUGUGAGUGUGUCUCACUGCUUUGAGCUUAUGCUGUUGAAGAUUGGGGACUUAGAUUCACUUGGAUACAUAGUUGACGCUGUCAAUGUAAUUACAGAUUACAUCAACAACAGUCCAUUGGUUCUGAAGCUUGUCAGAGAUCUAGAUCACAGCCUCACUGUCUCCUCAGAGUUUGAGUUUUUCUUACCCUACUUAACUCUAGAGAGUAUCUUCAGGGUCAAGAACGAGUUAACAGCCAUGUUUGCUUUAUCUGAUUGUAGCAACGAAGAAGAUGUAAGAGUAUCCAAACUGGUGAAUGAUUCAACUUUCUGGAAAACUGUUGGCAAAGUUCUGAAAUGCACAUCUCCUCUGAUCCAUGGUCUGCUCUGGUUCUCUAAGGCCAAGAAUCAGCAUGUUGGAAACAUCUAUGAGAUUAUGGAUGUCAUAAAGGAGAGUAUAGCCAGGGAGUUCAAUAACAAGGAGUCAUGUUAUGAGCCGUUGUGGGAUGUGAUAGAUGAUGUUUGGAACAAGCACCUUCACAGUCCUCUUCAUGCUGCUGGUUACUUUCUGAACCCGGUUACUUACUACUCAGAUGAUUUCCAUCUUGAUUCUGAAGUAGCAGCCGGUCUUUGCUCCUCUCUGGUUCAUGUAGUGAAACAAAGUGACAUUCAAGUUAAAGUUGCUACUCAGCUUGACAUGUACAGAGUUGGUGAAGAGUGUUUUGAAGAGGCCAGUCAAGCUGAUCAGAUCAUAGGAAUCACUCCAGGUGAGUGGUGGGCUCAGAAGGCGAGCCAGCAUCCAGAGCUGCAGAGUUUCGCUAUUAAGGUUCUGAGCCAGACAUGUGAAGGUGCUUCAAGGUACAAGCUACAGAGUAGAUUAGCAGAGAAGCUGGUGCCCAGUGAAGGAAUGACCAGUUGUGAGCAAGAGCGUCUUGAAGAUUUGGCGUUUGUUCAUUACAAUCUUCAUCUCAAAAGCUGCAAAGCCAAACUAAGUGAAGAGCAGUGAAGAGAUUCUGCUGCAGGAUAUUUAUAUAUAUAUAUAUAUGGAUGGAAUGGCAGAUUCAACUUCUUUUUUGUCAAUGUGCAGAUAAUAGUUAUGUUAGUUUGUAAGUUCAUGAAAGCCAUCUUUUGUCAACGUGCAGAUAACAGUUGAGUAGUUUGUAUGUUCAUGAAAGCAGUUGUGCACUAUUGAUUUGGAUCACGCAGCAUAAUGAUCAACUUAAGUCUUCUUUUAUAUAUCUUUCUCGUUAAAUCGAACUUGGCAUGGGAAGAGCUAUGCCAAUAACUUCAAACCAGAACGUUUUCAUAUGUGUUGGAAGCGUUGGAUAUACAUGUUUGUGUUUCUUGCAAAGAUUUGCCAAAUUGGGUUCGAUAUAACAAUCUUCAUCUACAGAAGCCACACUAAGAGAAGAACACUGAAGAGAUUGUGUUAGCACAUGGCUUGAGCUUUUAAUCAAUUUGUAGAUUUUUAUUUAUGUAAGUUUGUAUAUCCACUCACACAAAACAAUGAUCAAAUCUUUUUUGUCCUCCUUUAAUCUGUAAGUGAUUUGUAAAGUUUUAAAAAAUUGGAAAAAAAUUGGAAAAAAAUAUACACAAGAAUCCAACAGAUUUAAGCCAAAAAUAUCGUAUGAACACUAGACAAUUAUUUCAACACAAACUUGUUAUCUACUCGUUGGUUUUCAAAUUUCAAAUAUUAAACUCUAUAAAAAUCUGGAAAUAUUGUUAUAAAAUUGUCAACCACAAGACAAGAACAAUACUCAGAAAAGAGUAUCAGGCCACUAACCUCUGACCAGAAAGCGACAGAAAAAAACUUAUAACAUACGCUCUUGCAUGUGAGAUUUUGUUUUCUUCUCUUCUUUUUAGUUUAAUUCACUUUCUUUGAAAAUAUUGAGAAAAAGACAUCAAAAAUUACAAGUGCCCGUGUAAAUUGAAAGUAGUGUGUUGCAGAUUCUCUCCUCUGUUCUGUUCAACUGUACCUUUGUCUUUUGCACUCUACCCAAUUACCAACUCAAUAUUUUAAUUCAUUAUUUGGUAAUAAUAAGAAAGAGAAUAGCUUUUUUGAGAUAACAUUUAAUGUUGACUCACAAUAGAGAUUUUUUUUUGAAUUUCAAAUUGAGAAACUUUUUAAGAUUGGAAAAUAAAUAGAAGUGUGACCACCUACUAGUACCAUAAAAGCCAGAUAGAUAGAUUACUGUAGGAGAAUCUAGCAGCAUUUUAGAAGUAGCUCUUCUCCUCUCUCUCUAAUUCUUGAAUGUUCUCUUUCAGCCAUUGGAAGAAGUAGAAGAAAUUAAAAAGAUGAUUGGUUACACUCUCUGGCCAUUGAAAGUUUCAAUCUUUGUUCUGGCCAUUGACUUUGGUAUAUUCUUAAAGUCAAUUACAAAGAUUUGAUCUUUUCAGUGACCACUUGAUAUGUCUUUUAGAGAUAAGGGAUUAUGUCAUUUAAGUCUUGUGUACUUUGAGAGAAGAGGCUGAAGUAUAUUUGUUGGAGAAGUUCAUCAUUUCCUGUAAUGGUAAUAACUACCAAGCCCCAGACACUUAGGAUGUAUGACUCUCAGCUUUUGAAAUCCAAAUCCAGUUCAUUAUGGGGCACAGGAACCAAGUCAGAGGGUAUAGAAACUUCCCAAGAGUCUACAAGUGGACAAUCUUUUUCAUAUAGAUUCCAACUUGAAGAGGAUGU